AUGACAUUUCUUUCAAAUAUGUUACGUGAAGAAGGUGGUUAUGAAUAUAAAAAGGCAAUUGUUAAUACAAUUAUUUCAAUUGUUGAAGAAAACCCUGAAGCAAAAGAAGCAGAUUGUGAACAUACAUCAUUAGCUACUCGUAUUAUUCAUUUAUUGGGUCGUGAAGGACCUCGUACAACAACACCAGCAAAAUAUAUUCGUUAUAUUUAUAAUCGUGUUAUUCUUGAAAAUGCACCUGUUCGAGCUGCUGCUGUAAGUGCAUUAGCUAAAUUUGGUGCAGCUUCAGAAGAUUUAUUACCAAAUAUUUUGGUACUUUUACAACGAACAACACUCGAUCAAGAUGAUGAAGUUCGUGAUCCAAUGAAUGUAUCAUUAUCAUCACUUGAACGUCUUUUACAUCGUUAUACAAUUGAACCAACGACAAAACCAUUUGAUGUUCGAUCUGUACCUGUUGAAGCAGUUCCGGUUGCACAACCUAAAGAUAUUAGUAUUGGUGUUGGUCUUUCACGUCCAGGAAUUGAAUCGAAAACAAAUCGAGAAGAUACUUAUGAUGAACAAUUAUCUGCUAUACCAGAAUUUGCUCAUUUGGGUCCAAUAUUCAAAUCAUCAUUACCAGUUGAUUUAACUGAAAGUGAAGUUGAAUAUGUUGUACGAUGUAUAAAACAUAUUUUUAGUCAUUAUAUUGUUUUUCAACUUGAAGAUAUUGAAAUAACAGUUAGUGAUCAUGUACAAAAAAUACUUAAACCAAAUUGGUCUGCUUCAUGGGAAGAAAUUGGAGCUGAAAAUGAACUUGAAGAUACAUAUACAUUAUCAAUUCCAACACUUGAAGAAUGUGUGAAGAAAAUAAUAAAUUAUAUGGGAAUGCAAGCUUGUGAACGAUCAGACAAAAUUCCAGAAGGCAAAGCAUCACAUGCACUUUAUUUAGCGGCUGUCUAUCAUGGUGGACAUGAUGUACUUGUUCGAGCAAAAAUGGCAUUAGGUGGUACAACAGUAGAUCCAGGAGCACAAGCUAUUACCAUGCAAUUAACAAUACGUUCGACAGAUGAACCAGCUGUGCAAGUUAUUGCUUCAGCAGUCGAAUAA